GGUCGCCAAAAUACCUGUGAAUCUCGUGUUAUAUUAAAAUAUCAACGAUUAAUGUAUCCGGAAGGAUGUGGGUAUCGUAGUGAAACUGGUGGCUUAAUGGAAUGUCUUAGACAACUUGGCGUUGAGAAAAUUCGUCAAUAUCAUAAAGAUUAUUAUAGGCCUGAUAAUUUAUGUCUAAUUAUCGUUGGUAAAAUUUCACAUUCUGAAUUAUUUAAAGUUCUUGAUCCGUUAGAUGACAGAAUUGCAUCUAAAGGAACUUUACCUCCUCGUAAACGGCCAUUUGUUGAUUCUGCACCAAUUCCAUUACUUGAAAAAUCUAUACAGGAGACUGUUGAAUUUCCGGAUGAAGAUGAGAGCAUGGGUCAAGUUGUAAUUGCUUGGCUUGGUCCCACGAUUGAUAAAGUUUUGGAUAUUAGAGCUUUGGAAGUUUUAUAUGAAUAUCUGUCAGAUUCUGCAGUUUCAGUACUACAAAAAGAAUUUGUUGAAAUUGAAGAGCCAUUAUGCACAGACAUUGAUAUCUCUAUCCAUGAGCAAACCCGAACAGCAAUCUUGGCAACUUUUGAAAAUGUUCCAACGGAUGAAUUGGAAGAUCUUGUUAAUAAUUUAUUUGAUGUAUUUAAAAGAAUUAUUAAUAAAGAAGGAAUUGAUAUGGAACGCAUGAAAACUGUAAUUCAACGUGAUAAGUUAAAGACUUUGAAUGAAAUUGAAGUAAAUCCGCAUGAUACAUUUUCUGGAUUUUGUAUUGUAGACCAUGUAUAUGGUAAAGAAACCGGUGAAGAUCUUGAAAGAGCCGUUAAAGAUCUAAGUUAUUAUGAUCAACUUGCAAAUUUUUCUGAGAAGCAAUGGAUUGAAUAUUUGAAAAAAUAUCAUAUUGAUAAUCCUUACAUUGCGUUAUUGGGAUGCCCAUCUGCAAAAUUUGCAGAGAAACUUUUAAAUGAUGAACUUCAACGUAUCGAAAAACAACGUGAAACGUUAGGUCCUGAAAAAUUAAAGGAAUUAGAAAAAAAAUUAGAAAAUGCCAAUAAAACAAAUAAUCAACCCAUUCCGCAUAAAAUUAUUGAAAAUUUUCCAGUUCCAAGUGUUGAAAGUAUAACAUUUAUAAAUGUCAUUACUGGUAGAAAUAAAUCUGAAGGAACAUUCAAAAAUAUCGUUCAAGAUCAUCUUGAUAGUGACAACUUGGUAGACAUUCCAUACUUUAUUCAAUUCGAUCAUAUCAAUUCUGCAUUCAUAACUAUUUCUGUCUAUAUCACCACAGAAUCUAUUCCCAUCAAUCUUCGCCCAUAUCUAGAAAUUUAUCUCGAAUCAUUUUAUAGCUUGCCAUUGAAUAGACCUAAUGGUGAACGUUUAACAUUUGAACAAGUGGUUAAUGAACUGAACAAAGAUACCGUUAGCUAUGAACAUAAUCUUGGAAUUAAAGGUUAUGAGGGAAUGAUUUGUUUCUCUGUCAAAGUUGAAGCUUCCAAAUAUGCAACCGGAAUUCAAUGGUUACGUGAUUUGUUGUGGAACACGGAAUUUACUGCCGAAAGGCUUAAAAUUUGUGCAUCAAAACUACUAAAUGACAUUCCACAAGCUAAGCGCGAAGGAUAUGAU